AUGAAGACACACGACAUCAACUUCUCAUACAGGCCGGCCCUUGACGUCCCCAAAAUCUACACGUACGAUUUCACCAACAUCGCCUUCGCCCCCUACGGCACCUACUGGAGACACCUCCGUAAAGUCUGCACCACCGAGCUGUUGAGCGCCUCCAGGGUCCAAUCGUUCCGCUCGAUAAGGGAAGAAGAGGUUCUCAACCUCGUGAAGACGAUACACGAAGGCGGCGGAAAACCGGUGAACCUCAGCUCAAAGAUCUCCUUGACAUACGGGGUGGUUGCCAGAGCGGCGUUCGGUGGAAAAUGCAAGGAUCAAGAGACUUACAUCGACAUGCUUAAACAUCUAAAUGGAGUGGAGAAGAAAGUCAUGAAGAUGCAUAAGGAGAACGAUAAGAUAAUCGAGAACAUCAUUAGGGAACACAGGGAGAGAAGGGAUAGAGUAAAAAAUGGCGAUGAACAAGCUGAACAAGAAGAUCUUGUUGAUGUGCUUUUGAGGAUCCAAGAGGAGAACGAGUUCCCUUUGGGAGACAAGAACAUCAAAUCAGUCAUCGUGGACGUUUUUGGAGGGAAGUGA